CAAGUGGUUUUUCGAAUUUUAGCUUUUAUAAUAAAAUAACUUAGAGUUGCAAAAAAUUAAUUCAAUUAAAAAAUACUAUGUUUUUUAAUUUAAGUAAGAAAUUGGUAUUCUUGAAACUAAAAUAGACAAAUUUUUGGUGUAAAAAAUCUGCAAAUCUGGCAGUCCUGUUUGUGCGGCAUUUGUAAAAUCUUUUUGUUGAACUUUUAAAUUCGGACGCCCGGUGUGUGUUUAUUUCUUACUGAUUUAUUAAUUAACAAAAUAUAAUUUUGCAAAAAUGGCUUUAUGGGUAGACAAACAUCGUCCUCGGGAAUUAGUUAAAUUAGAUUAUCACAAGGAACAAGCUGAAAAUUUGAGAAACCUCAGCCAGCAGGGAGAUUUUCCACAUCUAAUGUUUUACGGACCAUCUGGAGCUGGUAAGAAGACACGUAUUAUGUGCUUACUGCGAGAGCUUUAUGGCCCGGGUGUAGAGAGACUUCGCAAUGAGACGAUGACUUUUACCACACCAUCAAAUCGUAAGAUUGAAGUGAUGACUGUUAGCAGUAAUUACCACUUGGAAGUAAAUCCCUCAGAUGCUGGCAUGUAUGAUCGGGUAGUUGUUAUAGAUCUAAUUAAACAAGUAGCUCAAACUCAUCAAAUCGAUCCCAACGGCCAAAGAGACUUCAAGGUGAUUGUUUUAUCAGAAGUGGAUGAAUUGACUAAAGAUGCUCAACAUGCCUUGCGUCGUACCAUGGAGAAAUAUGUAGCCACUUGUCGCAUUAUAUUAUCAGUAAAUUCAACGUCAAGAGUUAUACCGGCUAUACGUUCACGUUGUUUGGGUAUACGAGUGGCAGCUCCUAGCCCCGCGGAAAUGUGUUCUGUACUCCAAGCCAUAAGUAAGCGGGAAAACAUAGCUUUGCCUUCACAAUUAGCCGAACGCAUAAUAGAAAAAUCUGAGCGCAAUUUACGUAGAGCUAUUUUAAUGUUGGAGGCAUGUAAGGUGCAACAAUAUCCCUUCACAGCCCAACAGGAUAUUGUCGAACUUGAUUGGCAAGUAUUUUUACGCGAGACUGCCAGUCAAAUAUUAACUGAACAGUCUCCAGCGAAAUUAGAAAAAGUUCGAGAUCGUUUAUAUGAAUUGCUAGCUCAAGGUGUACCUCCCGAUGUUAUUUUCCAAGGCUUGGUUAAAGAACUGGUACGAAAUUGUGAUAUGUCAAUUAAAGCUAAGACUCUUGAAUACGCCGCAUUAUAUGAACACCGUAUGCAAAAUGGUGCGAAACAUAUUUUCCAUUUGGAAGCUUUUGUGGCACAGUUUAUGAAUAUUUAUAAGAAAUUUAUUGCCGAUGCCAUGAUGAUGGAAGAUUUUUAAAAAGUAUAUUUAAGUUUUUUUAUCUAUCAUAAAUUUAGU